UUCAUAUUUGUUUUCGCAAGAUGUUGACAGACGCCUCACAGCAGGAGACUGUGGACAGUGUAGACACUGUGGAGAGUGUCGAUACUGGGGAUCAGCCCUUGCCCUCCUCCACUUCUGACGCUGGGACACAGUGUUCUUUGAAGCCCCCCCGAUGGUCUCAAGUUGUGCAGGUUAACCUGAAGCCCAAGAUGGUCAGCGUGGGCACACAGACAUCGUUCGGCACACAAACCUCCACUCCCCUUGCUAGUCCUGAACAGACAGAUGAAGAUGAUGAUAAUGCCUCUGUCAUCAGUGACUUAUCGUGGGUGCCCGAAGAGCCGAUGCAUGAGGAGGACUUGUUUGAUGAGGAGCCACCUUACACGUGUGACCCCCAUCACAAUGGCAUUGACAAAUUCAUUGUUUGCCAAGAGGAGCUGAUGGGCCUUUUUGUCAUCUGUCCGGCCUGUUGUGAGAGGUCAGAUAGUAGCAUCGUGCAGCAGGAAGGAACUUUUCUUAAGAUCAAGCAGGUCUGUGCAUCAUGUGGCUACCACCGUUUCUGGCAAAACCAGCCAAUGCUCCACAGGAACAUGCCGACCUGCAACCUCCUGUUAAGCGGGGCCAUUCAUUUCACUGGAUGUUUGGCCACCCAGACAUUAAGAAUGUUGACUCUGUUUGGCCUGCAGUGCAUCCGUGCGAGCAGUUACUUUCGCCAUCAGCGCCGCUACACCAUCCCUGUAAUCGUUCAGGCCUGGCAAAACGAUCAAGCGAAGAAUUUUAGUGACCUACGGGCAAUGGAUGGCGGGCUAGUUCUUGCUGGUGACUGCAGAUCAAUAAUGCUUGGAUCACCUUGUCACUGUUGUUGGCUAUACAGCAAAACCUGUGACUUUGCAUGCAUGGAGGAACGGAGGUUUGUGUAA